AAUAAGUCGGAGAAUUUGAUUUAUACUCUUCUGGGUGUUCUUUGCUAGCGCUUGCGAGCGUGCACACACACGCAGCCUGGAGCCGAGCUCUCGAGAAUUGAUUGCCGAAGUGGAAGAGGCAACGCCACUGCUACCAUUGCCUCCGCCAUCGCCGUCAUAGUUGCCGCCCCUGCCUUCACCCUCAUGCUCUUCUUUCCCCGCCUCGCUCGCUCUCACUCUGCAACUAGAGUCACCACCACCAACCUCUUCCUUCACCGCUUACUCUCCUCCUCAACACCUCUUCCUCCUCUCAGCCCCACCUCCAGACUCCGCGACUACGGCUUCCACCCUCCCCCAAGACUCUCAUUCGUCGAAGACCCAAAACAACCCGACUCCCCACAUUACCAACAGCGCCGUCGAGAGGCCCGCCGUCCACCUCGGCCUCUCGAUUCCGAUGACUCCGCUGCCGCCAGAAAAAAGGAGAAACCACCCUACCGACCGCCUUCUUCCCUCGACCGCACCGGCCUCAAGCCUGCUCAUUCCGAGCUCCCGUUCGACUUCAGAUUCAGCUAUACCGAGAGCAACUCAGCUGUCCGCCCCAUCGGACUCAGAGAACCCAAAUACUCUCCCUUCGGCCCUGGGCGGCUCGACCGGGAGUGGACGGGAGUGUGUGCUUCGGCGUUCGACUGCACCGUUGGUUCGGUUGAUGGCGAGGAUGCCGCAGCCGCCGCAGCGGAGGCGGAGAAGGCCAUAGAGAAGUUUAGGAUGCAUAGGAAGCGGAUAUUGGGCGAGCCGCUGAGUCCGGCCGAGCGCAAGAUCCUGGUCGAGAAGCAUCUCCGACAUAGCAACAAAAAACAAGUAAAUUUGGGAAGAGACGGGCUGACGCACAAUAUGUUGAAUGAUAUUCAUAACCAUUGGAAGCACUCGGAAGCUGUUAGAAUCAAAUGCAUGGGUGUGCCCACUGUUGACAUGGAAAAUAUUUACACCCAGCUUGAGGAGAAAACAGGUGGUCUUAUUAUUCAUAAACAAGGUGGCGUUCUUAUAUUGUAUAGAGGCAGAUAUUAUAAUCCAAAAAAGAGACCUGCGAUUCCGCUUAUGCUUUGGAAGCCUCAUGAGCCUGUGUAUCCAAGACUCAUCAAAACGACUAUUGAUGGUUUGACCAUUGAAGAAACUAAGGAGAUGAGGAAAGCAGGCCUUAAAGUUCCACCCUUAACUAAGCUUGCAAAAAAUGGUAUAUAUGCUAGACUUGUACCGAUGGUUCGAGAUGCAUUCCUGACUGAUGAGUUAGUUCGCAUAGACUGUAGAGGUUUGAACAAGAGUGACUAUCGAAGGAUAGGAUGUAAGCUCAGGGAUUUGGUGCCGUGUGUUCUGGUGACGUUUGAUAAGGAGCAGAUAGUUGUAUGGCGAGGCAAAAACCAAUCCCCUCCAUCGCAUGAUGCCAAUGAUGACACCAAUGACGAUGCCAAUGAUGACACCAAUGACAAUGCCACUGACAUGUUAAUGGCUUCCCCAACUCCUGUCUCAUAGCCGAUGCAGAGUACAACAAAGAAGCAUCCUUUAAUGUAGACAAGCUCUUCUUCCUAUAAUGCGAAGUACUGCAAAAUAUUGGGAACUUGUAGCUUGAGGAUCUUAUCGUUGCCUACUUGAGUAAGUUUGGCACUAGAGAGCGUCUGGUUGAGGGGAGGUUGGAAUUGGCACGUUGGCUUAAACAUGAAAUGAUCCUUCAUCUGCAUCGGCAUCAAAUUAGAAAUUUAAAGAACAGACUGCAGGUUUGCCGGCAUGUGUGAUGCCUGUGGAGCUAGACAAUAUUAGUUCGGUGAUGCUUCGAAAUGUGGCGCAUGUGAUGCUGCUGAGCACUGUACGAGGGAGACUUGAAUCACCUGUUGUUAUUCUGCUGCUAAUCUAAUUGCAACUGGGCUCGGGUGUGAUUGUAAUUUUAACUGCACUUUUUGGUUAUCAAAUUGGUGGUGGUGGUGGUGAUGGUUACGGUUGAUCACGUGAAGUGUGCUUCAGUCGACUGAAUGGUUCAGAGGUUUAGCACAUUUCAAGCGAUGAAGGCUUGUACGAAAACAAUGGAAAUUUUGAACUUGGUGACUUGCUAGAAUGAAUGAAUCGAUGGAAAACGAUUAACCGUUAGCUGA